AUGGAAGCUAUCUAUCAAGUUCAACGCCAAUUCAGACUCGACCGUGGCCUGAAUAGGAUCAGCGUCAAGCGAAACCCGCACUACCAGCCACAUGGCACCAAAUCCUACGUUCACCUUCUCAACCGCUUUGGAUUUAAACCUACUAAACCCGGACCGUACUUCCAAGAUCGUCAAAUCCAACGACGUGGACUCGCUCACCCUAGAUUUCAUGCUGCCGUGGGCGGACGUGUCUAUCAGACCAAGAUUCUUCGAAAGAAGGUAGGUACCGAUGGAACUCUAGAUGCCGGCGGAACUCGAAUUGGAGAGGUUACGGCUGAAGACGUGCCGUUUGAUUCCAUGUACUUAUGCGAGGUGUCAAUUGGCACACCUCCUCAGAAGUUCAAUUUGAACUUUGACACUGGAUCCGCAGACCUUUGGGUAAGCAUUCCUAAUAAGGUACUAAAGCAGGGAGUGAAAAAUACUGACCAGAAAGGUCACAAUGUCUUUAAUCCUUUAUCCUCCUCCUCGUUCAAUGAGCUCACCGAUAAGACGUGGAAAACCUCCUAUGGAGAUGGGAGCUCAGCAUCUAGAGAUUGCGGCUCAGAUGAUAUUACUAUCGGUGACCCUGCAGACACUCCUGUUGUUAACAUGAUCAAUCAACAUAAUAUUCCCGAGGCAGCUGAGCUCUUUACCUCGGCGUUUUACAGCCAGCGGGAUGCUAAUUCGCCUGAGUCAUUCUAUACUUUUGGCGUUAUUGAUACUGAUCUUGUCGCGAGAUCCGGAGAGGAAAUUUCUGUCUCUGUGAAGGGCAAAAUCAUCAACCUUUCCGGUAACAAGGCCAUUGCAGACACUGGUACAACUCUAGUCUUGGUUUCUGACGAGGUAUGCGAGGCGCUGUAUAAUGCAAUCCCUGAGGCGCGCUAUAGCCCGACCCAACAGGGCUAUGUCUUCCCGAGAAGCACAAAGGUAGAAGACCUUCCAGAAUUUAAGGUGGCGAUUGGGGAUAAGCAGUUUGUUAUCCAGCCCCAGGAUUUGGUGUUUGCACCUGCAGACAAAGACAACUGGUACGGUGGACUUCAGUCGAGGGGCAACUUGCCAUUUGAUAUUUUUGGUGACGCUUUUCUGAAGUCGGUUUACGCGAUUUGGGACCAAGGCAACAAACGAUUUGGAGUCGUUCCAAAAAUUGAAGAAACUCAGAAUUUGGACCCUACGCCUAUCGCAUAG